AUGAAGGAUCUGUUUAAUGCAUUGACUGCCCGUGCAGAUAGAUCCGGAGAUAUACCGGUGUUGCCACCUCCAUUGCAGCCUGAUGAUCCUCAACAGUAUGUUCUUGUGGAACUAUCGAAAGGAGAGCGAACGGUGACAUUAGCUUUGAGUGUCAGCGAUGUGUAUAUCUUGGGUUUUCAAGCGGGAGGAAGAAAUCGUUACUACUUUUUCAGCGACGUUGCCGAUGAUGUACGUAACGCUUUGUUCCCUGGCACUCGAAGAGAAUCCCUUCCAUUUACUGGCCGUUAUGGGGCACUUGAAGCUGCUGCAAGAGUCGGUGACAGAAGGGAAAUACCUCUGGGGAUCGACGAACUAAGCCAACACAUUCAGAACAUGAAUAUCUACGAACCCACGCCUGAGAAUCGUGCAAUCUUUGCAAGAGCCCUCAUUGUUACCAUCCAAAUGCUUUCGGAAGCUGUGCGAUCGAGAAACCUCCAGCAACAAAUAUGUACGGUUUGCGACCCUCUUGCUUAUGGAAGGUACUAUCCAGAUGGUUAA